AAUACCUUUUUCGCUUACUAUGCAUUGCCAAUCUCGGAGACCACAAACCACCGUUCGCUUUGCAAGUGCGAAACAAAGACGAGCGAAGUCAGUUUCUCUUUUGUCGCUGUAGGCUGUCUCCCAUCGUGAGCCGUGGGACUGUUUCAUUCAAACAUAAGCGACUGAUUGUCGACGCCGGAACGCGCGUUCUGAUCGUAGCUUCACAGCAGUCGCUUGCAAUGGCACAGAGACAAGUUCCCAAGGUGCGCUAUGAAUACAUGACGGUGAACAGCGUUCCGACAAAAGUUGUGCUGGUGGGAAAGACUGACCUUGGCCCCAAGUGCCAGGAGCCGCUUUUGAUAUGCAUUCCAGGGAACCCAGGAAUUAUUGAGUACUAUGAAGACUUUCUCACUGAAGUAUACGACCAUUUUGACGGCAGACUUCAUGUCUGCGGCCUUUCUCAUGCGGGACAUGAUGAAGUUGUGACAAAGCACCUAGCACCGUCGCCGAAAGAGCACUGGCACCUCUAUGGGCUUUACGGGCAGGUGAGACACAAAGUGGAAUUUGUCAGGAGUCUGGUGACUGGCAAUCGUGCCAUCUUUCUUGCUGGCCACUCAAUUGGGGCCUACAUGAUUCUUCAGGUGCUCGAGGAGCUCAAGGAACUCAAUGUGAAGCGGUCAUUCCUGCUGUUCCCUGUGAUUGAGCGGCUCUCUGAGACUCCCAAUGCUUGUAAUCUAACAUGGGACGCCCGGCUGCUGAGGCUCCUCAGCUGGCUCAUCGUGCUACUCCUCACGGUGCUUCCAGAGACAGUCAAGUCACUGUUGGUUUCUUGGUAUUGCCGAAGUUUGCCACCGGCUAUACGACAGCGCUCAAUCAAAGCCACGAAUGUGCUGUUCAAGCCAACUGUUUUUCAAAUUGUGAUGGACAUGGCUCAUGAAGAACUUCAAGUGCUGGGAGAGAGAGACGAUGAAUUCAUUGGGGCCCACAUGGAGCGGCUGACCUUCUACUAUGGCUGCAAUGAUGGCUGGUGCCCCAUACUCUUCUAUCAGGAGAUAAAGGAGACCUUCCCAAAUGGCGACAUCACCCUCUGCUCUCUCAACCUCAAGCAUGCAUUUGUGCUCGACCGUACAGCUGAGAUCGCUGCCUUUGUCUCUAACAGAAUUAGGAACAGCUUGUGAUGCGAUUCCUCAAACGCUUUAAUGUACAUGCUUCUCCUGGUGACUGUGCCACUGCGGUGAUAUUUUGUUCUUGUCACUAUAAUUAUACAACGGCAUUUUUUGAAGGCCUAUCGUUGUUAUUGUGCUCUUGUGGUAGUGUUUUGUUCUUUUCUUAGUAGAAAGGCAUGGUGCUUGAAUGAUAUCUUAUUCUGUAGAUUUAUUUGUGCUCAUGCAAUAUCAUUUCAUAUUGUUCUUGACAUGGAGUACAAAUGUUUCAUUUCUUGCCAUAUUUGCACUAUAUCUGCUUGCCUCGUACGGGUGGUAGAAUCAUUUCUAAAUUACAUUGAGAUGUGUUGUUCCAGUUUUUGGUGCUUGGAACAUUUGUACAUGAGCCAGGCGGCGGGGCUCUGUCUCCACUUCUUUUAAUCCUUCCGCUGGACCAAACAUUUCAUCACUGUUUUGUACUACAUUCAAUCCUCACAUCUUCAAAUGAAUGCAGUGCUCACAAAAGCAGUGUGACCAUUUUUACAAACUUGUGGUAACAAAGUUUAAAGGUAGACAAGAGAUUGUGUGUAUAUAAUGUGUGUGUCUGUGAAAUUAAAAGAAAAUAACCUGUUAAUGAUGAUGCCUAUAUUUACAUGAAUGUACCACUUGAUCGUUUGAAUAAUGCGAGAGCUGAAUUCCUGGGUUUUCGAGGUACCGUUGUCAAGAUGACCUGAUAUGUAUUGUGUACAGAAACCACACCCAAACGCAACAAAGAAACACAAAUGACACAUGUUAGCACCUGUAAAACAGGUACUUAUAAGUAUUUAUUCUAGGCACUAUCAUUGCAUGGACCUUGACUAUUGCGUAUGAGUGCUGUGACCCAACAAAGAAAUUGAGUUCCCUUGUCAUUGUCCCCCCACUGCCAUUAUCAUACUAUCAUUUUAAGUGCGUGCAAGCCAGGUGUGUGAGAAAACCCAAUUACAGGGUGUUGGCUUUUCCUCAUAACUUCAGUGCAUGAUGGUGAUUGUGCAGGACUGAUUUUUAGAAAUAGGGAAAGUUUGCAUAGUAUUCAUAGCGUAGUUCGAAACGUAAUGUAAGGCACGCUUUUAGGCUUUCGGUUAGGCGAAAAACAAUCGUGUCAUAUUGAUGCGAGAUAGGCUUGCAUCUGGGGCCGCCGGCCACUUGAACGAGAACGAAGAAGUGGAUAGUGGUAUGCGCGAUCUCUGAGUGUCAACCAUUAUUAAAAGAACACAAUUUUGCCAAGGCUUUGCUUAACUUCGCGACAAUAUUUGUGAAAACACAAUGCCACUCAAAUAUUCGUUCCAUACCUUUGUGUGGUUGUUGGUGGCCUGUGAGCUGCUGUUACAAAGUGUAUCCUGCGCAAAAAAUGUGUCAGAAGUCUACUUCCUUUGCAUAGUCAAGCAUAAACAUAUUUUUAUUCACUGAACUCAUAUACCCAGUAAGAAGUUUGUUUCUGUGUGUACUUUUAGCAUUAGUUGCAGAAAACAUUGCUGGUGUGAGCUAGAAUUACAUGUUUGCUUGGUGCAAAGUGUUAACAAAUUCUCAUUGCAGUUUGCUGUGCAGUCACUGCAGAUGACUAGUCAUGCUCAGACUCUUUUGACACAAGUAAGAAAGUUUGAGUUACUUAAUAGAAAAUUUGCUGGUUACCAGUUGCCAUGACCCCUAAAUAUAUUAUGUUUUUUCUACCUACAAUCCUUAUACUAAUGCCUAGAAAUGAGUAAUUAUGACAUUGACAUGGCCAUCGUCUAUGCAUUGUCUAGUCUGACAAAAAUAGUCUGCUGUUAGCCGGUUUUACGCCUGUUUCUGUUUGCUGCAUUAUUGAAAACACAGUAUUUUUAACGCUCAAAUCCUGUGCAUUACUCACUACUCAUUUUUUGUUGUAAGAAUGAAUUCAUGUGGUGUUGUUGAUGCUUGCCUAAUCUUGGCAUUUACUUGACUUUUUGUCUGAUUCAUUGUUGACAAUACACUGUUUUUAAAAGUUUA